CUCCAUCCGUCAUUUUCGUUGGCAUUGGCUUUUCAUCAACUAAAAACCCGCCUCGCUGCAGUAGUACCUGCCGUCUAUAUCUGCAUACCUCGGGUGCUUACUAGGACCGCACGAACAUUGCACGAAAAGAAUUCAUAUUACACGCUGCCCAAGAUGAGCGCUCAGCCUAUACCAGUCUGGCUUGACUGUGACCCAGGCCACGAUGAUGCUUUUGCCAUACUUUUGGCCGCACACCAUCCCAUGAUAAAUCUUCUGGGCAUUUCAACCGUGUUCGGCAACGCAUCUUUAGAGAAAACAACAUACAACGCCACAUCACUUCUCGCUGCCAUUGGCAAGCAUGAUCAAGUGACGGUUUACCCAGGCGCCGCAAAGGCCCGGUCUCGGCCACCAGUUCACUCUCCAACCGACAUCCAUGGAGAGUCUGGUAUCGAUGGCACUGACCUGCUUCCCAAGCCGCUGAGGGCUCCAGAUAGGUCAAUCUCUGCAGUCGACGCCAUGGCCAAGGCUGUCCUGGCUCAGCCCGCAGGUACUCCGUGGAUCGUGGCGACUGGAUGCCUCACCAAUGUCGCCGAGGCUGUCGAGAAGUAUCCCCAGCUUGCGGAGCACGUUGCGGGCCUGUCUUUUAUGGGAGGUGCCGUGGGUGGAGGCUUCACUACAGCCGUGUCGGGACAGGUCGACGGUCUCGAGAGGAUCGGGAACAGGACCCCCUGGGCAGAGUUCAACAUCUUUAUCGACCCGGAGUCUGCCGACUUUAUCCUCAGCAACGAAGUUCUGGCUCAGAAAUCCACCAUGAUCCCCCUUGACGUGACGCAUCUGGUUCUGGCCACGAAGGAAGUCCAGCAGCGGCUGCUUCAUGGCGACGGAGGCCCCGUUGAAGCCGGGGCCAAGGGCAGGACGACACUGCGCGUCAUGCUCGUUGAGCUUCUCAACUUCUUUGCCGAGACUUACAGAACUGCCUUUGGCAUCACAGAGGGUCCUCCCCUGCACGAUCCAGUGGCUGCCGCCAUAGUGUUGCAGACCUUGCCUGAGGAAUACCGGAUUCCAUUUUACGACUUCGACAUUGCGAGGGAUGGAGGGAAGCGCCAUGAACGCUUCUCCGUCAAGGUCGUCACCGAGGGCACCUACGAAGAUGCCUAUGCCGGUGCGCAGACGGGUCGCACCAUCGCGACUCUGCUUCCCGAGGGUGCACAAGGCGUUGCGAUACCGCGCGGGCUGGAUAUUCCCAAGUUCUGGACCGUGAUCGAGGAGUGUAUACAGCGGGCCGACAAUCUGAACGCAAAGUCUAGCGCGGGAGGUCCGGGUGCUUGAGCGAUUUCGGUCAUGUAUCUGACAUGGGCCCUGGAUAUUUUGCUACUUCAUCUGGCCUGUGGAAAAUCCCGGAGCUAGUUACGGACACCUUAGAUGGAUAGACUAUUAGAUCUAGAUAUAAACGGCGUACUGUACUCUAAGGAAUCUCCAUGCAGAUAUCUAAUGCUAUCAUAGCACGCAGCACU